AUGCCCAGGGGCACGCGGGCGUGGGCGCUGGCGGCCACGGCGGGGCACGGCGCCGGCCAGGGAUGGGCGCAGGGGCGCAACCCGCCCAGUGCGGGGAGAGGGGCGUGGGCCCCGUUUGUCAUUGGCCCAGAGGCCAUACAGGGCGCGAGCGACGGGUUACGGGCGCGCCCCAUUCGGGUGCACGCCCAGGGGCACGCGGGCGUGGGCGCUGGCGGCCACGGCGGGGCACGGCGCUGGCCUGGGAUGGGCGCAGGGGCGCAACCCACCCAGUGCGGGGCGAGGUUGCCGGUGAUGGGGGAGGCCGCCCAGGAGGGCGCAGCUGUGGGGGCAGGCGCCGGGCGCCGAGACUGCGCGGGGGCAUCGCACAGCGGCAGGGCCACCGCGGGGCGGAAGCGGGGCGAACGCAGGGCACCGCAGUAG